CCUGCCUCCAGUUCGUCCGCAAAACUCGAUCAGUUGAGAUCAUUUCGAAAUCAUCGCAGCCAAGAUGAAAUCCUGGUACCUGGCACUCAGUCUACUGCUCCUCGCCGCCUCCACAUUUCAGCCCUCCGACGCCCGGGGCGGAAGGGGGCGUGGCGGCGGCUCAUUUGGCGGCCUCUUCGGCGGCUGGCGCAAGUACAAGAAGCCAGCGUCAUCGGGCAGUGGGCGGCGCGUGCUGAGCGGGUCGCCAGUUCACACAGCCAUGACGAUGCCAAAUCCGCCUCCGCCGGCACCACCAAAGAUGCCCAUGAUGCCGCCCAAGCAGCAGAUCCCCAGCUAUCCCCGCCAGCAGAUGCCACCUGGCUAUGGCUUUGGCUCUUAUCCGGGCCAAGGCAGCGGGACGUACUAUGCCAAUGCCCAGGCCUUGCCAGCGGGCGCGGUGUACUAUGCCCAACCACCUGUGGGAAUGAAUCGAGGAAUGGGAACGGGAGAUUUCCUCGCCGGAAUGCUGGCGACUCACAUGAUGAGCAAGGUUCUGUUUGGCCACCGACACCAAACGUACCCUAGAAAUCCGCUGGAGGAGCAGUCGUCGCCGCAGGGAAGUGGGCGACAGAUCAUCAUCGUCAACAAUGGUCAGCAGCAGGGACCUGCUCUGCACAAUGAAACAACUAUUUCGGGAGAGGCCUCCGCAGUGGUUCCUCCCGAAAAUCCCCUCACGGAGGAGGAGGAUGCGGAGGGGCAGGGCGAAGGUGAGGUGAGUGCAUCUGUUUCCAGUGAGGAAUCCAAGGAAUUGGGGGCGACUCCUCAACCCUAUCCGGAUGGUGGCAUCAUUUGCUUUCCCAUCAUGCUUAACGAAACAGAUCCCGACAACUCCGAGGUGAUGCGAGAAGUGGAACGGGUCGCUUGCUUUCCAGCACCACCCCCCAAUCCGGAAAAUUUCCAACCCACCAUAACCACUGAGCCACCCAUCGUUGCCGGCGAUAUUAUCGAUGAAGCCGAUGAUGGGUCAGAAGGCGGUGGGGCUGAUGAUGUCAGCCACGCAGGUACUCCCAUCGAUGUGGCCAACUUGGUAGCUGCAAGACAUGGUGACGUCGAAACGGAUUCUAUUUAACUACUUUUAGGAUGAAAACUAAGUGAAAUAAAGCUAACUAAACCAUUAAA